CUGCAGGAUAAGGUCAUUCUUCGCCUUCUUCCCCUCCCACAGACCUCCUUCGCCAAACGUCAAUUCCUCGUCUUCUUCUUCAUGUCCGCCGUGCCCACGGCCCCGACAUCCCGUGCCGCCUCCGGACUGCUCCGGGGACCUACCGCCGUCCCGCGCCGCUCUUACGCCUUCACAUCCGCCGGUGCCCCGACGUUCCAGGUCUUCAACCGCCGUACGAAAUGGUUGCAAAAAGAGCGUGCCGCAUCAGACCCGGAGGCGAGCCGGCAGGCCGAUUACCUUAAAGAUGAGGUUGCCAUGCGCCUAUGCGAGAGGUUACUUGACAUCAAACGAAGCUUCCCCCGCGUCCUCGACCUCGGCGCGAACUCGUGCAACAUCGCCCGCGCCCUGACCCGCGAGAACCCCGACCCCGAUCCCGCCAAACCAAUCUCCCCGCCCCUCGCAACCCGCAUACAGGAGCUCGUCGCCGCCGAGUCCUCCCACGCCCUCCUCCACCGCGACGCCGACCUCCCCUUCAACUCCGACAUCAACAUCACCCGCCAGGUCCUCGUCGACGAGGAGCACGUCCCCUACGACCCCGCCUCCUUCGACCUCGUCCUGAGCUCCCUGAGCCUGCACUGGAUCAACGACCUCCCCGGCGUCCUGACCCAGAUCAACAACGUCCUCAAGCCCGACAGCCCCUUCAUCGGCGCCAUGCUCGGCGGCGACUCCCUCUUCGAGCUGCGCACCUCCCUCCAGCUCGCCGAGCAGGAGCGCCGCGGCGGCAUCUCCCCCCACGUCUCCCCGCUCGCCGACGUCCGCGACGUCGGCGGCCUCAUGCAGCGUGCCGGCUUCAAGAUGCUCACCGUCGACGUCGACGACAUCAUCGUCGACUACCCCGACACCUUCGCCCUCAUGCAGGACCUCCAGGCCAUGGGCGAGGGCAACGCCAUCCUCGGCCGCGAGAUGGGCGCCAUCAGGAGAGAGGUCCUGCUGGCCAACGAGGGCAUCUACAGGGAGCUGCACGGCAACGAGGACGGCAGCAUCCCCGCCACCUUUAGAGUAAUCUACAUGAUCGGCUGGCACGAGGGCGGCGAUCAACCCCAGCCACUACCCAGAGGAUCCGGUGACGUGAACCUGAAGGACAUUCUGGAGUCCAACUAA